AUGUCGCUGACGCAAGGGGACGUAACGCCGACAGCAGUAGAGGACGAUGCUUGCAUAGAUAUCCCUCUCCCAACACGACCCAGAGGCUUCGAAGUAUGGGUCGAAAUCCCAACCACGAUCUCUGCACACGGGCCCUACAUCCCGCCCGCUCGUCCAGCAGCGCCAAAGGUGAAGCGAGAACAUGUCAAGCGCCGGCCAGUGGGUGCAUCGAAUCGAAAGCGGCCGACCAUUAUUGUGGAGGAGCCACCAGGACUACCGUUGCGACGGCCGAGAGGACGGCCGAAGAAGGAUGGAAUCACGUCGCCUGGGAGCAGUAGGAGUGGGAGUGGGAUACGGCUGAAUAGGAGUGAGAGAAGUGUUGUUGAGUCGCCGCCACCGCAUUUCCCGUUGUUUGAUUCGGCGACGACGAGGGUAGCGGCAGAAGGAGAGAUCAGCGCGGAAUUUACCACUGAUGUGCGAACGAUGCCCGCCGCUAUCCGGUUCAUCGUAUUCUGCUACGGGUUCGCGGAUUACAUAAAGUGGACGCCGCUAGACGUCGAGUUCCUCGAAGCCGAACUCCUGAAGGGCGACAGUCUCUACAUCAUCAACGUCAUCAUCAAACUCCUCCAACACGUCGUCAAACCCACCACCGUAGUCACAAUCUCGAACUGGCAAGAAGUGUUCCGAGCCCAGCUCUACAGCCUCGCCAAAUACCACCGCGACACCGGCAAAGUUCAGUGGUCCGCUGAUCUCCCGUUUCCGCUCUUGGACCUCGACCGCCGGCUCACAUUGCUCAUCGCCCUCUGCGAACGGGUACUGCAUACCACAAAACGUAACGUCCCAUCGCAUCUACUAAGAAAUGCGUCGAUUAUGCCCGUCGGAAUCGAACACGUACAGUCGCAGCAGAAGAGCUACGUGUAUUGGCAUUUCCCUGUGGGCAGUUUUCGGGAACGGCUGUAUUGUCAGAUUUUCGAGCAUUCGGAGGAGAUGGAGACGUUUAUGCCGGAUGUCGGGGUAGUGGAUGGGCGGUUUGCGGUGGACUUUGGCGAUGGAGGUGGAGAUGCGAACCUGGCGACGGAUGAGAGGGAUGAACAGGAUUGGAGUGUCGCUGUUGAUGAGAGUGGCAGUAUACCCGCGGGUGACGACGUCGGGCAGGGGAAUUGGAAUAUACCCGGAGAAGUGCAACCUACCACUUCCAAUAUGUCGCUGUGGAACUCCAGUGUCCAUACGACAUCGGCGGUACAUGCUGGAGGCAGCGCAGCGGAGAUCUUGCAAAGUUCGACGGCCUCGGCUGUCGCCCCGGAUGGGAAUCCUGUAUCACAGGAAGCAAAUACACCGAAUGCUGGUAUUGCAUCGAAUCACUGGGAAGCAUCUCAGGAAUCAACAACGACUCAGACGCAGCAACAACCACAUAUGCGAUUCUACAUUGUGGCAUCCGAUGCAGAAAGCUGGACUUCGUUCCUCAAAACAGCACUGUCCAGCAAUGUCCCCGCCCAUCAAGCCUUGCGACCCGCCUUCCUCACUACAAAAUACAAAACAGGUUUCUUUGAAGCUGCCGCCGACGAAACCGCGGACGACGAUACUAUCGACGCACCAGUCGCCCCACCAUCACCCAGACGACUCCUGGAAGCCAUGCAGUCUGAAGAACGCAACAGGCUGGAAAUGCAGAGCACGGAGGAGCAGGGGUGGCUGCAGCGGAGGGCGGAUGCUCGUGCGAGGAAGCAGAAAUCGAGAGCGGCUAAGAAGUUGGCUCUUGUUGCGGCGAGGGAGGGUGGAGAUGGGGAGGAUGGGGAUGAAGGUAAUGAAGGUGGUGAAGGUCUUGGCGACACACCUUACGAGCCACCAGCGAAGAGACGCAGAACUUCGCUAUUGCCUGGGAGUCUGGCCGAGUCGGCGUUGUCGACGCAGCGAAGUCAAGCCGACGUUGCUCCUCAAGAUGGCAAAAGACCUACCAAACGCGGACGAGGACGACCUCGGAAAAGUGAGGGUACAGCGCCCAGAGGGAGACGGAGAAAAAACUCUUCCGACAUGGACGACGACGAGGAUAGCGUCUUGACAGCAGCCGAACGUGCUGAAAUAGAGCAACGCCUUUUGGCAAAACGAGCAGCGGGCUUAGAUAUUCGCAAACGCAUGGCCAAGGGUCUCUUAGAUCUCUACAAGGACGUCGAUACCCACUGCGCCAACCUACCGCCCUUAGACGACGCCCCCUUCUGGUCCCGCCUCUCCAAUCAACUAGGCCCAUACCUCCCCAUUCCCAACUCACCCUUCGAUACCCGCAUGUGGGUCCGCAACGUCUACGGCCUCCAAUUCGACACCCGCCUCACCAACCAACCCACGUCCUCCAUCAUCAAGAACGUGUGUAGACACCUCGUGGACAACCUCAAGCACUACCCCGCCCACGACCCUUUCUUCGAGCCCAUCGACCCAGACGAUUUCCCCAACUACGCCAAAAUCGUCACAAAGCCCAUGGAUAUUAAAACCCUCUACGUCAAGCUGAUCCUGGACGAGUAUGCGGAUUUCAACGCCUUCCUUACCGAUCUGCACCUCAUCUUCCGCAACUGCCGGCGAUACAACGAGCCCCACUCGCGGAUCGUGUACCAGUGCCUCCAGCUUGAGUUGAGUUUCAUUGAGGUGGCUUGCAUGCUGGGGAUUGUGACGGGCCAUGUGGAUAGCGAGGUUGUGUUGGCGCUGAAACCGGACCCCUUUGAGAGGUUUGCGGAUUAUUUGGAAGAGGAUGAGCGGGAGAAGGUGACGGCGCAGGAGAAGGCGCGGAAGAAGAGGGGUAGGCCGAAGAAGAACGUUGAUGUUGAAGUUAGAGUCGAAAGAGACAUUGGAGAUGUGUCGGGUACUAGUACGCCGAGAAACGUGCAGGCACAGCCGGACGGCGGGACGGGCGAUCCACCGCAGUCCUCCACCAGCAGCCUAGGCAUGUUCGGUUUCACGGCCCAGUCCGAAGAUAUCAACGACAAUCAGAUCAUGUCCGACCAUGGGAUCGGGCAAGACAUCUCGUUCGGCGAGCCUUCGUCCAAUAGCGUCGAUAACGGGCUUGAUUCGAAUAAUGAGUUUGGCGCUAUCAUGCCGUUACCGCCGGCGCCCGAGACGGCCCUGCAUGCGUAUGACCACGACCAUCACCAUCUUGACGACCAUCAUGACGAGCGCGGGGCAGAAUCAGGGCCGUCGGCGGCGGUGCUCUAUGCCGCGGCGUCGACGUUGGCGUUGGCGAGUAUAUACGGACAAGCACCUGCAGCUGUCGUGCAGAAUUCGGCCGGUUCCAGCACUGAGAUGUAUGCCUCCAUGUAUACACAACGAACCAUCGCCUCACAGCGGAAUCAGGGCCACGAGAACGAGGAUGGGAACGGUGAUGAUGAGGGAUCCCCGUUCUCGUUUGCACGGCCGGGAAAGGAGGUUUCGGAUCAUUACGCUUCUACUGCUGCCACUAGCCCAAGGGCGACUUCGGCGGAUAGUCAGCGAUCCCAGGUGACUUCUGAUUCUUCGGACGUGUAUGGAGGGGUGUAUGGAGGGUUGUGGGGGCAGACGCAGGCACCAGCGGAGGUGCAGGCGCAGGCGCAGGCGCAGGUCCACACGCUGAUGCAGAUACAGCAGACACGCCCACCCUCUGCCACGCGAGUUCAAGCACCUGUAGCAUCGUACAACGAGCAGCGUACCUCGUAUCCCUCGCAACAACAGCAGCCCAGAACGCAAGGGCAGUUGACGAGCAGUUCGGUGACGGAUGUUUCUGUCGGUAGCGCGUAUGGCGCACAAAUGCAGCAACAGCAGCAUCCAUCCGCGGCUGACGCCUCGACCAUAGGGCUGGAUUCGCGGAGGUCUUCUUCGUACGCUUCGCAACACCAAUCUUCUUCGUAUUCCGCCCCAUCGAUCGUCACCUCCGCCUCGUACAUUCCUGCUCUGCAUCCUAACCUGAACCGAUCUUAUGCCCAGCCGCAACAGCCGUAUCCCUCACUGUCAACGGUCAGUUCCGCGGCCUCCGUCCCGUCAGUGCAGCCUGACGCGAAUCGAUCCUCUGCCACUCAACAAUAUCCCAGCGAGAGGUCGAGCGCGAAGGACGAAGCCUCGAUAGCAGCGGCGGCAGCGGCUGUAAAAGCGAAUCAUAUGACACUUGAGGAGCUCCUUGGGGAUAAUGAUGAUCCAUAUACGUAUGGAAGUGAGCCGACGGCGCUGGACACGCUUGCUGCUACAGCUACGAUGGGGCUAGGGACGAGUACGGUUGUGUAUGGGCAGCAGCAGCGGAUGAAUGAGUGGACCACGGUGGAGGCCGGAAGGGUGUCGCAAACGGCGCAAAGUCAACCACAGCAACAGCAGGGGUUGGCUACGGGGUAUGGAGGACAGGUUGAGACCCGGCAACGGACGGCUCCCGCUGUACCGCAGCCGCAACAACAUUCGGAAUACGGGCAAACGGCGAGCGAAUCUCGACAGGGACUCCAAUCUUCGUUGCGGGUCCCGCAGCAGCAAGCGCCGUCUACUCUACCACAGGCACAAUCACAGCAUCAUAUGCCCUACCAACAGCAGCCGCAUCAACAGGAGGAACACCAAAAGCUACCGGAACCAGCGUCACAGCAGUUGCGAAUUGAGGAAUUGCUAGGCAAUCGCCAAUCACCGCGACAACACCGGAGCUUGCAGUUGCCACAAAUGCAGGCUCAGAAUACCGCCAAUCCCAACGAUGCGAGGCAUGAGCCUGCGUGGGCGGGUACCAACAGCAGUAGCAGUAGCGUUGAUGGGCAGGGGACCACCUCGGCCUCGGUGCAGCAGGCACGGCAGUAUGGUGAUGCCGCGGCCGCGCCUUCGACCGCGUGGCAACAGCACAACUAUCAGCAGCAGCAAUCUUAUGGCCAGUCGAACCCGCCGGCAUUACGAUCAGCAUCGACGGAGAGUUUGAACAAGCAGCGCCAACAGCAGCAUGCGCACACGUACAACGCGCACACUCAGGCUUCGUCAUCACCGGCACGGAAAACCACGCAGAGCAACGAGAGCGCAUUGUCGGUUUCAAAUUUGUUGUAUGGUGGAGAUUCCACCACCUCGUUCAAAGGGUCAACGGGGACGCAUGCGGCUGGAGCUGCACCUGCAGCGCCGCGGUUACCGCCCAAGACCAAUACGAGCCAACAUAUUCAACAAGCGCUGCCCACCAUGCAAAGUCAAACGUCGUCGGUGUCGGUGUCGGCGAGUGCCUGGAAUAGUGUGUAUUUGUCGGAGACGCAACAACAGUCACUACCGGCGCCCAUACAACCGCCGCUGAACCGGAACAUUUUCUAUCCCUCACAAACGCAAUUACAACAACAACAUUCAUCCCCGGCAACCAUGCAGCCGUCGCUGACUCAUGGAACGGGGCGGCUGUAUGGCGGCGGUGAAGGGAACGCUACGAGUGGAGGUGCGAGAACCAGUUCGGGGAGUACGCACUAUACCGGUCAGCAACAUCACACGCAAACGCAACCCCAACCGCAGACGCAGACGCAAUCGGUCGCGAGUACGAGUGCGCGUCCGGUGCAGUAUAGUUCACAGGUACAUCAUCAACAACAGCAGCAGCAACCACCGCGGUAUGAAGACGGCCAGCAGUCGCAGCUUUACACUCAGUCGCAGCCGCAGCAGCAAUCGUCGUACGCGUUCGAGUGGCCGCCACGAAAUCCCCAGCCGUCCCGCGUUCCAGCACCAGCGCAACAAUCUCAACAACAACCACAGUACAGAUCGGAGCAUACCGACCAGCGACAAACCCAGCAGUAUCAACCAUUGUCCGCCGCGUCAUCAUCCUCAUCUGCUUCCGCACCGACUCUGCAAAAUGAUUGGUCGACCAGCAGCACCACACAUAUCAACAUCCGCACAACCAGACCACUCAACAGCAGCAGCAACCAGAGCCAGGCAGCGGACCCGAGAUACCGUGAUGCGUCACAGCAGCAGCAGCAACAGGUGUUUGGAAACCAGAGUCAAAAUGCGAAUGCGAGUUCAAAUGCGUACCCCGCGGCGUAUGGGGCGAGUGGGUAUCGACUUUGA